CUGCAGCAGCAGUCAGUCUCGCGGUGGAGGUCGUCAAGUGCGGUCGUGUGUCGUGCAGUCCUGUGUCUGGCUUUCGAGCGCGCGCGUAGCGACAUCGUCGUGGCGUGGCGUCGCCCGGUGGUGGUGUUCCAGCCGGUGUGUGUGUGUGUGUAUGUGUGUCCUGCAAGCGGAGUACAGUGCAGCGCCACCAAGUGCAUGAAGGGCGCGGAGUGACGGACGGCUUUUUCUUCCGGCUUCGCAGUGGACCCCCUCGCCGCCACGAUGCACAUGGGCGACCCCUCGCUGGCCAGCAUGCUGCCCUUCGACUCCAUCGGCCAGAUCGGCCAGAUCGGCCAGAUCGGCCUGUACGAACAGCCCAAGCCCCGCUUCAUCUUCAAGAUGCCCCGCGUCGUGCCCGACCAGAAGGGCAAGUUCGAGCAGGACGAGCUGUUCCGGAGGCUGGGCCGGGAGAGCGACGUACGUUACACCGGUUACAGAGACAGGCCCACAGAAGAACGGCAAGUCAGAUUUCAAACCGGCUGCAGGGAAGGCCACACAGAGGUGGCGUUCGUCGCGACGGGGACCAACAUCCAGCUCGUCUUCCACACCGGCACCAACGGCUACACGCACGGCGAGCACGGCCGCGAGUGCGACUUUGAGAAGGAGCACGGCAAGGUCCACCUGAGGUCGCACUUCAUCAUGAACGGCGUGUGCGUGCGGUGGCGGGGCUGGAUCGACCUGGAGCGCCUGGAGGGCAUCGGCUGCCUGGAGUUCGACGAGAAGGCCGCCGCGAUCGAGGACGCCAUGCUCCGCGACCAGAUCGAGCGCUACAACCAGAGACUGCGGGACUUCGACGAGAAGCAGCGCGCCUACCGCCAGCAGCAGGAGCGGCUGGACACGGAGCUGGACGCGCGCCACGGCGGCCACGGCGGCCACGCGGCGCAGCGGCACGCCCUGGGACACGCGCCCCCCGGCAGUGUGCCCCCCGGGCCGCACCCCCACCUGCCCAUGCAGUACCGCGCGUAGCACCCCUGGGGGGGCGCAGCACCGCCGGGACACCUGGGCCCGUCCCUGGAGGGGCAGCCCCCCUACAUGUGAGCCCCACGCUACGCCCUGGCCAGGCCCUGGCUACCCCCUGGCCAAGCCAUCUCGCACUGCCCGGGACGCGCCACUCCACUGCCAGUGACUCAGUGGCGACACGAAGGACCUUCGCCGUGUCGCGAGUGGCCAUCCCGGAGGAUCGAUCCAUCGAUCCACCUCACUGUUGCUUAGUGAAGUUCUUCGAGGAUAAAAUAAGCAUGCUGUGAAUAUUUAUAAGCAUAUUGAGUUACCGUGUCAAUUCAUUAUACUUUUAUUGAUGAGGUCAAAAAGUUGUACCUGGCCUAAAUCGGUGUCACACGUACAUCUCCCCAACCAAAACCAACCAAACCCCCCGUAGGAGACUCUGUCCAUUUUAUCAUGCAACAUUUCACUAGAGCCCUGUAGUUAUGUGUGUGAGAGAAUCAAAGCUUUAGAUGUUUUCUUCGAGCGCGAUUCAAAUUUAUAGAGAGAAAUUGUACCAGUGCACGCCCUACAUCUUGUUGUUAUGUAUUAUUUGUGUGUACAAUUAUAACUGAUCCCGUUACAUGUUAAAAUGUUCAGGGUUAAUUCUUUUAGCUGCAAGCAGAUAUUUUUUCAGUGUAGUCCUCCGUGUUACAUUGUACAGGCUGCUAGCGCAGAUGCAUACUUAUCUUAAAUAGUAACUAUUUAUACCCUUUUUGUACAAACUCGGUUGCAAACUUGUCGCUGCAAUCUGCAUAACCCGAACAAAUUAUGUGAUGUGUACUCGAGUUUAGCGCACUUCAACUCAGGUUAAACUUUUCCCUCUUAGAAGUUUUUUUUUUUAAGUAUAGAAUUUUACUUAUGUAUGUUUGUUAAGUUUUUGUCGCUAUCGAGGAUGUUUUCCGUGUUCUUUUCUUUCUUGAUGUCUGUUGUGUUAAAGUUGACGUGUUUCUGUUACAUCGAAUCGGGAACGCCGAACGCGCCCGUCUCAUCGUACUACUUCCUCUCACAUUUCAUCAAUUUAUGACUCAACUAGCCGUCCAUGAAUUAUGAAAUGUGAAUAGUAAUUAAUUAUGUAAGUUGGUGCAGACGCUAAGGGGAGCGAGAAGCACGGUUUUGUUUGUUUUCUUUUCUAUAGGUAUUCCUGUAAAGUAUUGCAAAUAUAUUUAUGUUCAUUUUA